AUGAGUCACUCUAGCAGCAAGAACAAGGCUCACAAGAAGAAGAUGGAACCGAUUGAUGAAACGAGUGCAGUCGUAUUGAAGUCGUCGUCGUCGUCUCCUUCUUCUAGUAGUAGUGGACAUCGUACCACAAAAGUGACGACGACAAAAGAUUCUUCGCCCUCCAGAUCAUCCGUCCAUACUGCUGCUACUACUGCUACUACUUCUACUACUACUACAACUUCUGCCUCUUCCUCUUUCGAUGAUUUGCAAUCACUGGACGCGUUGCACAACCAAUUACGGGAGCUAGAAGACGCUGAAACGGCACAUACGAUUUCAAGGCCCCAACAUUUACUACAAGAAGAAGUUCUGGAAAAUUCUCACAAACCCGUGCCAUCCGUGGUAUUCAAGUAUAUUCUAAUCUGCAUGGGCUUGUGUGGGAUUCUGAUUGGGAUUGCAUUGGGAGCCAUUAUCGGUCAACAUUUAUUGAAGCAGCAGCAGAACCAACAAAGGUACAAUAAGGAGCCGAGCGAUGUUACCGGAUUGGCAACGAAUAACAAUACUACUACGCAGGCUCCAUCAGUAGCACCUGGUCUCGACUGGCAUUAUCCACCUUCGCCACGGCCAACCUCGGAUAUAUUUGAUCAUGAACAUUCGUCUCCACCGACACCAACAUUGAGAACUGCACAUCCCACAAUCGCCACCCCGACAAAUUCCUCUUCCGGAGUAGCUCCAACAAUCAAGAAUGAAACAACCUUCCCACUUCCAUCCAACAACAACAACAACAACAACAACCCAACAAAUAGCAGCGACGCUGGGCAAGUAGAUGGGGAUAGGAACGACACGAAAAACAUUCUUCCUUGA